UACAUCGCAAGGAGCGUACCCGCUCAUUCCCCUCACUCUCUUAUCACCGUAUUCUUCUCUCUCGCACACAAUUUAAAACGCUCCCUCCCUAAAUUUCUUGGGCCAAGAUUUCCCUCUCGCAUCUACAAAUAACAAAACUUUCGACGAAUCCAUUCGACUGUUUUCUUCCUCCUCAUCAUUUACAUUUGCCUCCUUCUUGCAUUGAAGAUUUAGUGCCCACCAAAGCCUCUGAUUCCAAUGGGUUCUUCCAAUGGAGAGAAUCAUCCUGCUGUUGGAGAUGAGCAACCAUUUAGGAUCUUUGUGGGCUAUGAUGUUCGUGAAGAUCUUGCGUUUGAGGUCUGUCGCCAUUCCAUCUUGAAGCGAUCUUCAAUCCCUGUUGAGAUCAUACCAAUCAAGCAAGCAGAUCUGAGAAAGAAUGGUGUCUAUUGGCGUGAGAGAGGACAAACUGAAAGCACCGAAUUUUCGUUUUCACGGUUCUUAACUCCUUAUUUGGCAAAUUAUAAAGGAUGGGCAAUGUUUGUGGAUUGUGAUUUCCUGUAUCUAGCUGAUAUUAAGGAACUGAGGGACUUAAUUGACAAUAAGUUUGCAGUUAUGUGUGUCCACCAUGAUUAUACUCCAAAAGAAACUACAAAAAUGGAUGGUGCAGUUCAAACUGUUUACCCAAGGAAGAAUUGGUCUUCAAUGGUUUUGUACAAUUGUGGGCAUCCAAAGAACAAAGUGUUAACACCUGAGAUUGUCAACACUCAAACUGGUGCAUUUCUUCAUAGAUUUCAAUGGCUUGAGGAUAAUGAAAUUGGGUCAGUCCCAUUUGUUUGGAACUUUCUUGAAGGCCAUAACAAGAUUGUGGAAGGUGAUUUAACCACUCUCCCUAAAGCAAUUCACUACACUCGUGGUGGACCAUGGUUUGAAGCUUGGAAGAAUUGUGAAUUUGGAGAUCUCUGGGUGAAAGAAAUGGAGGAGUAUAAGAAGACUGAGAAGACAUCUGAAGAAUAGAAAUCGAACAUGAAAGUAAGUUCUCAAGGUUUAAUUGUGGAACUGAUUUUUUUAUUUUUGAUAUUUGCUUAUAAUUCUUUAGAUUGGUUAUGAUUGGUUGAACUGUAGAUUUAAAUAUAGUAUAUCAGAUUGUAUGGAGGCCUGCGAAAAUGAUGGUUUGAUGAUUUGUAGUAGUAUUGUUACUGGGAUUGUAGGAACAUUAUCUGUUCCUGUAGUACUAUUUUGCUGUUGUUCUACAUCUGUGCUUACAAAUUCAGGGGGUGAAUUUCCUAAACAUUCUUAAGGUAUAGGUUCGAAUCUCCUCCCUUAUUUUAUUGUGUAAUAUUGUAUAAGAAAUGAAGAAUAUGGUUUCUAAUUUA